AUGUUAACUAGCUCAAUAUAUUCAUCACCAAAUACUUAAAAAUACAGAAGUUCUUCUAUGAUGAUGUCCUAAAUUUAUGGAACAUCAGGUAGAGUAUUAAAAUGAACAUUUAGUAUCUCCAAAUAAAUCUAGAGUGAUUUAAUUGAGCGAAAAAUUAUCUUAAUUAUCGAUAGAUGAAGAUAGAACAUUGAAAAAGGAAAUAUAUGAAGAAAAAUUGAAUUCAAUAAAUUAAAAGGCUCAAAAAGCAUAUUAAAAUGACUUUAGUAGACUGCAAACAUUAUAAGAGCAAUUAAAUAAAAUUGAAGAAACGUUAAGAAAUGAUUAAAUUAUCAGAAAUGUAAAAUAAAUAAAAUUUAUUAUUAGACAAAUUCUGAAAACUUUUUAAAAAAUAGUUUAAAAGAAUAAGAAAAGAAUGUUUAAUAAAGUGUUUAAAAAGAUAAAAUUCAUCGUAAGACAUUUGAGAUGAGAUUAAAAAAAUUGAUAGAUGAAUAAUGCUAUAAAAUGAGAUUAGAAUUGAGUAAAUAAAAUUAGAAUAGAAAUGAGAAUCAAUAAUAAUAUAGAAAUGAGAUAGAACAUAAAAUUGAGAGUUUAAGUUAGGAUGUAAGAAAUGAAAAGAGAGAGAGGUAUAAUAAAUAUAAUAAAAUUGUAGAGAAUCGAUUUAUUAAGAGUUUGUAAGAAGAAUGGGAGAGCAAGUAUUUUAAGUAUCAGAAACUUUAAAUUAAGAAAAAAAGUAAAGAUAAGAAUCACAGAACUAGAUGGAAUAAAUGAUAUAAGAGAUAAGCAAUAUUCUAAAUCUGUAAUUGGCAGAAGAAAAAAUUUAAAGAGAUGAGACUGAAAGAACAAUGAUUAGACUUUUAAAUGAAACAUGUAAUCGGGUGGAGAAUUCCCUGAGAAAAUGA